AUGAGUGGAGCAAGCCAAUUUAUCGGGAAGACUUUGACAAUCGGCAAGCACACCGUUACUGUUAAGGAACAGAUCGGUGAAGGUGGCUAUGCCUGGGUUUACCGCGUUGUUGACGCACAAGGUCAGGAAUACGCUUGGAAAUAUGUAAAUUGCUUAAGCCGCGAGAAAUUCCUUCAAUUCAAGAAAGAAGCAGAUGUCCUGCAAUCAAUUCCACCACACAAACACAUUAUCAAGUUAUUUGAUGUUUCAUACGAUCAAAACAGAUUUAUCAUCAAUUUCUUAUUCGAACUUGCACCACAAACAGCAAUCAAUAUACUUAGCAAGAGAAAUAUGACACGCGAAGAGAUUCUCAUCUUCUUUGCAGCUAUUUGUGAAGCAACAGCUUUCCUUCAUGCCCAGAAUCCACCAAUUAUCCAUCGCGACUUGAAGCCAGAGAAUCUUCUUGUUGCUUCUGAUGGCAUUCCAAGGCUUUGCGACUUCGGCUCUGCAACAACAAAGAUUUAUCAAGUUGCCAACGUCAAAGAAAUCAACGAAGCUAGCGAUGACAUUGAACAGAAUACAACCCCGAACUUCCGUGCCCCAGAAAUGGUUGAUCUUUACAAGCGCGUUCCAAUUGGUCCAGCAGCCGAUGUUUGGGCUUUGGGAUGCACACUCUACAAGCUUGUUUUCCGUCAGGACUUAUACAAGAUCGAAGAAAGAUUACCAAUUCUUCAAGGAAAGUUGAAUAUUCCUCCGGAUACCGAUAAAGAUUUCGCAAAUCUUCUUAAGAUGUGCAUCCAAGUCGAUGCCAAACGUCGUCCAACAGCUGCACGUCUUGCAGAAAUCGCUACAAACCUUCGCGGAGACAAGACUACGAUCGCAUUACCACCAAAGCGCGUUGAUCCACCAGCAGGAGCUCCAAGACCAUCAGGCGGAGCCCCACAAGCACAAGAAGGUGGAGUUAUGGGCUGGUUCUCAUCGAUUCAAGAGACAUUCAGAUCAGUCGUUGCUCAAGGCUCAGAAGGCUGGGUUGUCAAAGCUACAUUUGGUGAUAACAAUCCACCAGUUUCUAAAUACGUUCGCCGCAUUAUCGUUGACUCAAUUCGCCAUACAAACGUCGAUGUUAAUCAAAUUACCGAUUUCAUACUUACACAGCGUCCAUGGCAAAGCGACGCCCGCAUUGCUGCUAAAUGCCUCUACCUUGUUUCACUUUUGACACAAUACCAAGCAAAUCUUACUUCACUUGUCCCAGUUACAGUCAAGACCGACCAAAUAAUGGCCUUCUUCUCUCAGGGCAGAUCCGAUGAGAGCAUGAAGGGCGCUGUAUCCGUUAUCAACGGCCUCUGCGUUCUUCUCCGCACAAAAUUGAUGCUCCACGCCGCUCAUCCUGAACUAGAAGGAAAUCUUUAUAUCGCUGACGGAAAGACAAGUGAUAAAUUACCUGAAGACGCUGUCAAAUACGCAAAGGCUGUCAUCGAGUGCUCAAGGAACCUCCUUAAGUCUGCAAAGGCUGCUAAAGACUUCUCCGCAAUUGUCAUGUGCCAACCAGCCAUCGAUGAGACACUUCACGCUGCAAGACUGUUGAACAAAGUCAGCCCAGAACAAGGAAAGGAUGCAAUUGAAGAUGCUUUGAAGUUACUCAACGAGGCACAGGGAUUACCUUACCUCGCAAGUGCAAUUGACUACCCAGAGUCACCUGAUAAACUCGGAGUCCCAACACCAAGAUUUGUUGCUGCUAAGUAA